AUGGCCAUCUCAUCACGCCUCGCCCUGUGGGAGCAGAAGGAAAGUGACAUUCGGGAAGAGGACAAAAGCCCUCCGCCAUCCUCGCCCCCUCCCCUUUUCUCUGUCAUCCCCGGGGGCUUCAUUAGGCAGCUGGUCCGGGAGACGGAGAAAGAGUCCAAGGAAGCGAGACGGAGGAAAGAGGUGGCACUUGCCUCUCCAGAACUAGAGACCCCAGAAAUUUCCACUAGCCAACCCAACAGCAAGUCCAACGAUGGCUCCAAAUCUGGAAGCCAACACAUUUCCCAGGACAACCGGUCCAGCUCUCCCCAGAACGCGAACAUUCCGGGCAAGGAGAGCGAGGGCGCUGGCCCCGCGGGCCCCAUGCUGAUGACCAGCAUCAAUGGCGAGAGGCCCCAGGAGGCGGGCCCCGGCGGGACGCCAGCCAAAAAACCCGUGCCCUUCAGGAGAGGUGUGAGGAGGGGCGACGUGUUGCUGAUGGUGGCCAAGCUGGACCUGGAGUCAGCCAAGCCGGAGCAGAGCCCGCCCCCGGGGGCCCCCGCCCGCGAGUCCCCACCCCCAGCCACAGACCCUGGAGGGGAACACAAAGGGGACACCUCAUGGCCUCCUCGUGGCCCCCAGGCCAGCACUGAGGACGCAGCCCCGAGGGCUGAGGAGACCCAGACUGGGGGUCUUCGGGACUCAGCAACUGUGCUUCCGACAAAAGGCGAGAAGGCUCAAGACACGGUGGGGAAAGGGGGCGGGGCCCCUCAGACCAAAGGGCUGAAAGGCGAUGAGCCCCAGGGCAAAGAGAGGCCAGGUGAGGGGGGACAAACAGGGACAGCAGAGAAGGGGGCAGGGGACCCCUCAAACAAGAUGGCAAAGGGGAGUCUAUCUAAGGAUGCAGGGGGUGAAGGGAAGCGGGCUGGGGCUCAAAUUCCGGUGAGAAAGUGGGGAGGUUCCUUGGGCAGAAGGAGCAAGGGGGUCGGUCCCCAGAGUGACAAGGACAGAGAGGGUGCGCUCCUGAGUAAGGCCGAGAAGACAGACGGACCUCAGAGCAAGGCGGAGGCGGGCGAAGCGCAGGGGAAGGUCGGGAAGGUGGGGGAAGCUCCCGCAGUGAUGGAGAAAGCGGGUGACGCUCCGAGGGUGCCUGGGAAGCCAGGGGAGCCCCAGGAGGAGAUGCGAAAGGUGGGGCAACCUCGGAGGGAGUCCGAUAAGGCUGGGAGGAAGACAGAGAAGGGCUGUGAAGCCCCUGAGGAGGUGGAUGCACGUGGGGAGACCCCGGCGGUGGCCGGGAAGGGGGGCGGGCCGGACAGCAGAGGGCAGAAGGUGAAGGAGCCCUGUGCAAGAGUGGACAAAGGGGCUGAAGCCCUGGACACAGAGCUGGAAGGACCUAGACAGCCUGCUCUGGAGAGCCACGCAGAGAGGCCUCAGACACAGGAGAACCAAGAGGGGCCGGCCCAGAGCGGAGACUCGGACCAGGCUCCUGAAGACAGGUGGUACGAGGCAGAGAAGGUCUGGCUGGUUCAGAAGGAUGGAUUCACUCUCGCAACGGUGCUGAAGCCAGAUGAGGGAACAGCCGACCUGCCGGCAGGAAGGGUGCGCCUUUGCAUUGAUGCUGACAAAACCAUCACCGAGGUGGAUGAGGAGCAUGUUCAUCGGGCCAACCCCCCUGAGCUGGACCAGGCCGAGGACCUGGCCUCCUUGGUCAGUGUCAACGAAUCGAGUGUCUUGAACACGCUUCUGUGCCGUUACCGGGCUCAGCUGCCGCAUACCUGCACGGGGCCGGACCUGAUCGUCCUCCAGCCUCGGGGGCCCCCGGCGCCCUCUGCAGGCAAGGUGCCCAGGGGCCGCCGGGAUGGCCUGCCUGCCCACGUCAGCUCCCUGGCCCAGCGGGCAUACUGGGCGCUGCUGAGCGAGCGGAAGGACCAGAGCAUCGUGGCCCUGGGCCGGAGUGGCGCCGGGAAGACCACCUGCUGCCAGCAGGUCCUGGAGCACCUGGUGGGGAUGGCAGGCAGUGUGGACGGCAGGGUGUCAGUGGAGAAGAUUCGGGCCGCCUUCACCGUCCUCCGGGCCUUCGGCUCCGUGUCCACCGGCCACAGCCACAGUGCCACCCGCUUCACCAUGGUGAUGUCGCUGGACUUCAAUGCCACGGGCCGAGUCACGGCCGCUCAGCUCCAGACAAUGCUUUUGGAGAAGAGCCGCAUGGCACAGCAGCCAGAGGGGGAAGGCGGUUUCCAGGUUUUCUCCCAGAUGCUGGCUGGACUGGGCCUGGAUCUCAGGACGGAGCUCUUCCUGCACCAGACGGCGGACAGCAGCUCCUUCGGCAUGGGCGUCUGGCCCAAGCCUGAAGACAAGCCAAGGGCAGCGGCUGCCUUCGCCCAGCUCCAGGGCGCCAUGGCGACGCUGGGCAUCUCGGAGAGCGAGCAGCGAGCCGUUUGGCGGGUGUUGGCAGCCAUCUACCACCUGGGCGCCGCGGGGGCCUGCAAAGUGGGCCGGAAGCAGUUCAUGCGGUUCGAGUGGGCAAACCACGCGGCUGAGGCCCUGGGCUGUGAGUACGAGGAGCUGAACACGGCCACCUUCAAGCACCACCUGCGACAGAUCAUCGAGCAAGUGACGUGCGGGCCAGGCCGACGGGGCCCCGAGGACGAGGAGACCAGCUCAGGCCUCAAGAUGACGGGUGCGGAGUGUGUGGAGGGAAUGGCCUCGGGCCUGUACCAGGAGCUCUUCGCCGCCGUGGUCUCCCUCAUCAACAGGUCCUUCUCCUCCCACCACCUCUCCAUGGCCUCCAUCAUGGUGGUGGACCCUCCCGGCUUUCAAAACCCCCGGCACCAGGGCAAGGACCGGGCCGCCACCUUCGAGGAGCUGUGUCACAAUUACGCUCACGAGCGCCUGCAGCUGCUCUGCUACCAGCGGACCUUCGUCUCCACGCUGGAGCGAUACCGGGAGGAGGGUGUCCCUGUGCACUUUGACCUCCCGGAGCGAUCCCCGGGGACCACGGUGGCCGUGCUGGAUCAGAGUCCCUCCCAGGUCCGCUCACCAGCCGGAGGAGGCGCUGAGGACGCCAGGGGCCUUUUCUGGGUCCUGGACGAGGAGGUCCGGGUGGAGGGCUCCAGUGACAGUGUGGUGCUCGAGCGUCUCUGUGCGGCCUUUGAGAAGAAGGGAGCCGGGGCCGAAGGGACCUCGGCCCUUCGGACCUGUGAGCAGCCCCUCCAGUGCGAGAUUUCCCACCAGCUGGGAUGGGACCCCGUGCGCUAUGACUUCACGGGCUGGCUCCACAGAGCCAAGCCCAACCUUUCGGCCCUGGACGCCCCCCAGAUCCUGCAGCAGUCGAAAAGCGAGGAGCUGAGGAGCCUGUUCCAAUCCCGGGCCAAGCUGCCCCCAGUGUGCCGGGCUGUGGCGGGCCUGGAGGGCACCUCCCAGCAGGCCCUGCAGAGGAACUGUGCGGUGAGGAGGACGUUUGCCAGCAGCUUUGCGGCCGUGAAGAGGAGAGCCCCGUGCUCCCAGAUCAAGCUGCAGAUGGAUGCAUUGACCAACGUCAUCAGACGGUCUCAGUUACACUUCAUCCACUGCCUGGUGCCGAGCCCAGUGGUGGCGAGCAGGGGCGGGCAGGGGUCUUCGACUCCACUGCAGCCUGGUGGAGACCAGCCCGGGGCAGGCGGGUCCCUGCCCUUGGACAUCCCGGCCCUGAGGGUGCAGCUUGCGGGGUCCUGCAUCCUGGAGGCGCUGCGUCUGCACAGGACAGGCUAUGCCGACCACAUGGGGCUGACCCAGUUCCGCCGGCGGUUCCAGGGGCUGGACCCUCUGCUCACGCAGAAGCUCACGCUGGCCACCGAGCGAAUAGACGAGAGGAAGGCCGUAGAGGAGCUCCUACAGACCCUGGAUCUGGAGAAGAAGGCAGUGGUCGUGGGACACAGCCAAGUGUUCCUCAAGGCUGGCGUGGUCUCCAGGCUGGAGAAGCAGCGAGAGAAGCUGGCGUCUCACAGCAUCAGUUUUUUCCAGGCGACUUGCAAGGGCUUUCUGUCUCGCCAGGACUUCCAGAAGCUGAAGAUUCGUCGACUGGCCACACAAUGCAUCCAGAAGAAUGUGGCUGUGUUCCUGGCAGUCAAGGACUGGCCGUGGUGGCAGCUCGUGGGUUCCCUCCGGCCCCUGCUGAGUACCACCAUCGGGGAUGAGCAGCUCCACGCCAAGGAGGAGGAGCUUACAACACUGAGAAAGAAGCUAGAAAAAUCAGAGAAGACACGGAAUGAACUCCGGCAGAACGCAGACCUGCUAGAGAGCAAGAUUGCUGACUUGACCACAGAGCUUGCUGAUGAGCGCUUCAAAGGGGACGUGGCCUGCCAGGUGCUGGAGAGUGAGCGGGCAGAGAGGCUGCGGGCCUUCCGGGAGGUCCAGGAGCUGAAGAGCAAGUAUGAGCAAGUCCAGAAGAAUUUGGGAGACGUGGAGAAGCAGUUGAGAGAAGCUCAGCAGAAAAUUCAGUUGAAUGACGUGGAAAGGAGCCCCCCUGUAAGAGCAGACGAGUGGCAAAUGCGCUUUGACUGUGCUCAGAUGGAGAACGAGUUCCUCAGAAAGCGUCUGCAGCAGUCUGAAGAGAGGUUGGACUCAGAGCUGACAUCCAGGAAAGAGUUGGAGCAGAAGCUUGGGGAGCUGCAGAGUGCUUACGAGGGGGCCAAGAAGAUGGCUCACCAGCUGAAGAGGAAGUGCCGCCAUCUGACCUGUGACCUGGAGGACACACGCCUCCUGCUGGAGAACCAGCAAAGCCGGAACCACGAGCUGGAGAAGAAGCAGAAGAAGUUUGACGUGCAGCUGGCCCAGGCCCUGGGGGAGUCGGUCUUUGAGAAGGGCCUCCGAGAGAAAGUGACCCAGGAGAACACCAGUGUCCGGUGGGAACUAGGCCAGCUUCAGCAACAGUUGCAGCAAAAGGAGCAGGAAGCUUUGCAGCUGAAGCGGGAGGUGGAGAUGCUGCAGGCCCACAAGCGGGAGCUGCUGGCGGCCCCUGCUCUGGGGGACAGUUGCGUCGCUGGCUUGAAGGAGCGGCUCUGGAAGCUGGAAUCCAGCGCCCUCGAGCAGCAGAAAAUCCAGAACCAGCAGGAGAACACCAUCAAGCGGCUGGAGCAGCUCCGCCAGCGGUUUGAACUGGAGAUCGAGCGGAUGAAGCAGAUGCACCAGAAGGACCGUGAGGACCAGGAGGAGGAGCUGGAGGACGUCCGCCAGUCCUGCCAGAAGCGGCUCCGCCAGCUAGAAAUGCAGCUGGAACAAGAAUAUGAGGAGAAGCAGAUGGUCCUCCACGAGAAGCAGGAUUUGGAAGGCUUGAUCGGAACCCUCUGUGAUCAGAUAGGCCAUCGGGACUUUGACGUGGAGAAGCGUCUCCGGAGGGACCUCAGAAGGACUCAUGCGCUACUGUCAGAUGUGCAGCUCCUUCUGGGGACCAUGGAGGACAGCAAGACAUCAGUCAGCAAGGAGGAGCUGGAGAAAGUGCACAGCCAGCUGGAGCAGAGUGAAGCCAAGUGCGAGGAGGCCUUGAAGACCCAGAAGGCGCUGACCGCGGACCUGGAGAGCAUGCACAGCGAGCUGGAGAACAUGACCCGGAGCAAGAGCCUGGUGGAUGAGGAGCUGUACCGGCUGCAGUUUGAGAAAGUAGAUCUCCUGAAGCGCAUCGAUGAGGACCAGGAUGACCUGAAUGACCUCAUGCAGAAGCACAAGGACCUCAUCGCUCAGUCUGCUGCCGACAUUGGGCAGAUCCAAGAAUUGCAGCUGCAGCUGGAGGAAGCCAAACACGAGAAGCAGAAGCUUCAAGAACAACUGCAGGUGGCUCAGAUGCGCAUCGAGUACCUGGAGCAGUCCACCGUGGAUCGAGCAAUUGUCAGCAGGCAGGAGGCCAUCAUCUGUGACCUGGAGAACAAGACGGAGUUCCAGAAAGUGCAGAUUAAGAGAUUUGAGGUCCUGGUGAUCCGGCUCCGGGACAGCCUGAUCAAGAUGGGCGAGGAGCUGUCGCAGGCCGCCGUGUCCGAGUCCCAGCAGCGGGAGAGCAGCCAGUACUACCAGCGGCGCCUGGAGGAGCUGAAGGCGGACAUGGAGUUGCUGGCGCAGCGGGAGGCGGAGGCCAGCCGCAGGUGCCUGGAGCUGGAGAAGUACGUGGAGGAGCUCGCAGCAGUGAGGCAGACCCUCCAGACGGACCUGGAGACGUCCAUCAGGCGGAUUGCUGACCUGCAGGCGGCCUUGGAAGAGGUGGCGUCCAGCGACAGUGACACGGAGAGCGUCCAGACGGCGGUGGAUCGUGGUGGCGGUGGCAGAAAAGAGAUAGAUAACGUCUCCAUCAUUAGCUCCCAGCCAGAGGGCAGUCUGCAGUCUUGGUUGAGUUGUACUCUGUCCCUGGCCACAGACACCAUGAGGACACCCUCUCGACAGUCAGCCAUCAGCAGCCACAACCUCAGCCCCAGGAUGAACGAGGAGGUCGGGGAUGCUGGGCAGCCCCAGCGGGCAGCGGCCGUGAGCGGAGCCCGGGAUGUGCACAGCAAGAUCUCGGGGGACAAGUCCAUUUCUCCCCUCUCCCUCCGCCGGCAAAAGUACUGUCAUUUGGGGGAUGGCGAAGAGCGUGGCGUCCAGAGAAAGCCCACGGAGAGAUUAGGAGCUCCGUCUCCUCCCCCGGCUUCUCGGAGUGCAAACUCGUCCCCAUCAUCUAGGGAGAAGCUGCCGAGUCCUUCGGCGGCCCUGUCGGAGUUUGUGGAAGGACUCCGGAGGAAGAGAGCGCGGAGAGGCCAGGGGUCAGUGCUGGGCCUGGAGGACUGGCCCACUCUGCCCAUUUACCAGACCACAGGGGCGUCCACGCUGAGGAGGCCCAGGGCGGGCAGUGGCAAAGGAGACCUCUCGCCGAGGUUGGGGGCAAAGUCACCCCUGGACACAGAGGCCGCCGCUGGGACAUCAGCUGGCCUCCUGCGGUCCGCUAGCCUGAAAUGCAUCUCUUCUGAGAGCGUGGAGGGCACCACCCUGCUGCCGGAGAAGGUGAAGACCCGGUUCAGUUCCUGCGAGUCCCUUUUAGAAUCAGGGCCAGGCUCAGGGAGAAAAGCGAGAUCCCCAACCACACCCAGGGACCCGUUCUUGUCGCCCACGCUGCGUCCUCGGAGGCGCUGUCUGGAGUCCUCGCUGGAUGAUGCGGGCUGUCCAGACCUCGGGAAGGAGCCUCUCGUCUUCCAGAACCGCCAGUUCGCCCACCUAAUGGGGGAACCUCUGGGCAGCGACCCACUCAGCUGGAAGCUCCCAAGCCUUAACUAUGAACGCAAGACCAAAGUGGAUUUCGAUGACUUCCUCCCGGCCAUCCGGAAGCCCGAGACUCCUACGUCCUUGGCCGGAGCGGCCAAAGAUGGGCAAGACAGGUCACAGCAUCCAAGCGUCCACUUUGAGACAGAAGAGGCCGACCGGACCUUUCUCUCAGGGAUCAAGACCAUUUUGAAGAAGAGCCCGGAGUCCAAGGAGGACCCGGCUCACCUCUCCGACUCGUCCUCCUCCUCCAGCUCCAUCAUGUCCUUCAAAAGCGCCGACAGCAUCAAGUGUCGGCCGAGAAUCCCGCGGCCGGAGGGUGACGGUGGUGAGCGAACGUCUCCCGAGAACAGAGAGCUGGGGGCAGGGAGGAAGGGCGAGGACGUCGAGAGCAUAAUGAAGAAAUACCUGCAGAAGUAG